AUGCCAAUGAACGCAGACAGAGUAUGGCGACGCCUUAUUCUCUCAAAAUUCACAGAGAAUAUCUGUAGCCAAGUAAUCAAGAAAGAAAACGAAGGUGGCACAGGAUUCGAAGUGAAGAAUAUUCUUGACGCCGUUGAUGAAAUUAUAACUCUUCAAGAAACUACCGAGCUAACAACAAAGACGUUGUUCGGUACUCAAACCACGCAAGCCAUGCAGAACAACGCCAGAGGACAUGAUAAUGGACGCCACCAAAGCAAGCAGUCCCCUAGUCAUCGAAUGAGGCAUGCAUGUCUGUGUGGAGAAGCGCACUCACCACAUCAGUGCGCCAGGUUCCCUACACCUGAGGCUCGCCGAAUGGAAGCCAAGCGCCAGGGAAUGUGCUGGAAAUGUUUCGAUAAAACUCAUGGGUCGAGAUCAUGCACAGCAAUGGGACCAUGCCCGAAAUGCACGGAGGAUCACCAUUCUUCGCUCUGCAUAACAUCGAGAUUUGGUCUGGAGCCAAUGAGCUUGUCCAAUCGGCGACAAGACCCACCACAAAGUUCUGCUCAGCAUGAAACUGCUAGAGCUCCAUUCUCACCACCAACCAACCGCUAUCGGCAGCUAGAACAAAGAAACAACAACCACGCAAGGCAAGCGGAUAGAGUGCAAGCAUUACACGCUGCUCUCAUUGAAGGCAUGACUUCGCAGUCGAAACAACCGACAACCACUCAGUGCGUACUACAAACAGCGUCGUUGCUAAUCUUCAAUGAAGCCGAAAUGGAAUACCAACCAAUCAAUGUUCUCCUUGAUUCGGGAGCUCAGAAAAGCUUUCUAAAGGCGAAGAUCAAAAAUCAACUGCAACUUCCCACCCGAAGCUCUACAAAGUUCACCACCAUAGGCAUGGGUGAGCUUCAGGAGACCUUCGACUCUCAAGAAGUUAGUAUAACUCUGAAAAGCCUGCACAGCUCCAGAAAGUUGAUACGGCAGGUGGUUCACUCCAAACCUAAGCUAACAGCACCCACAUGGACAGCACAACUAUCUCAUUCCGACAAACGCUUCAUCAAUGAAAGAAACUUCUCAAUUGCUCAAUGCAGCCUUGAAUCGUCCGAGAUUACACCUGAUCUUAUAAUAGGACAGGAUCUUCUCAAUCAAGUCUUAUGCUGUGACACACCAGCGAUGAUCCUUCCAUCAGGACUCAUUUUAACCCCCACUAUAUUCGGAUACACGAUCUCCGGAUCGAGCAAGGUUACCUCUGCCAAAAUCAAAGACGAUUUUGUGCGCAGCACACAUUUCAACGUUGUGCCAAUCUCUACCGCAACUGAAGGACAGGAACGAAACAUUACGCGUAAGGUAGAUCCACGCCGUAAACACAUGCCUAGCCGAACGUCUAGAAGGAAACACCGGCAGCAAGCAACACAAACGAGCGAUAGCAGGAAGCAGGACUGUAUGAAGCUCGACAGCUCGUCAAAGUCUUCCGCACGUGCUCUGCUACUGCUGCCUUAUCGCACCGGAAGGGACGAGAAUAACUACAGCCACAACUUCGGGAAAGAAUAUUUUGACUGCGACAACAGAAGUCAGCGCAGCAAGCCAAGAAUUAAAUGGACAUCCUACCACGUCUACACACUCCGAGCAGCAUCUGAGGAACAACUCCAAUCAUUGGAACCAUUUUCAUCAUUAUUGCUGUAA